AUCAUUGUUGGCAGAGCUCGUCGGUUGAGAUCCUCGACGAAGAAGGAGUUGUGAGAUCGUCGACUUCGCAUCGUUCUCAGAUAGUUCAGGAAUUCUUCGAUCGGGAGUAGAUCUUGGAGGCAUUCACAAAGACUCGAAAAUGGUUCAUACUAAAGGAUUUCGUCCACGCAACGGAGCGACUGUCCGAGACGCGAGAGACGUGAUCCGCAAUAAAGGAGGUCGCCGGCCCGGUGGUAAUCGAGGUCCGAGUGUCGGUGGGGUGAGCUCUUCGAAACGGAUAAUCAGGACUUCGACAGGCUUGGUCACCAAUAAGAAGCCCAGAGGGAUCUCCACUUCACAACUUCCGCACCGACAACGAGAGCAGAGAGCUCGCCCCGUGACCAUAAACCGAGCGAACCCUAGACCACCCCCGAGAUCCGGGGAAGGUCUCACGGCCACAAUCAGAAGGAGCCACAUCAUCAAGAACAGUCCCGUUCUCCAGAGCAUUCUCUGUUAUCUCAUGCCGAUGGACUCGACUGUCGGGGCCCGCGCAGACGGUCUUGAGGACGAUACGACGCUCCAGACGGGUAUUGCUGUGCCUCCAGCGCCGGCAGCGGUCGAGUCGAAGACAACGCCAAAAACUACUCACCAGGAUUUGAACCGGAACGAGUCCACGGGCGAGGCGCGCGAUGACGACCGGAGCGAAGAGAUUUCCCGACUUGAGCAUUCCCUCGGGGACCACUUGGGAGACCCCGACGGAAAUCUCGAAGUCAAUCAAAAUAUGAAUCCGUCCCCUAAAGAAGACAUAGAAAUAGCCAGAGAUGUGGUUCCGACGAUAGAAGACCCCGCCGAACCUCAGGGUGCAUCGGACGGAGUCUCGGAGGCGAAAGAUGGAUCGCAGGACCCUCUGGCCGAUAGUGAUUCGGAAGUCGACGAUUUCGAGCUCCCUAAAACUUGUCAGAUGUUGAAAGCUCCCAACGGAUGCCUUGUCUAUGUGGUCGGCUCCGCACAUUUUUCUCGCGAAUCGCAGAACGACGUGCGUCGGGUGAUCCGUAGAAUCAAACCCAAGAGAGUCAUGGUUGAGCUCUGUAAGCAGAGGGUCCACAUCCUGACUAUGGACGAGAACAUUUUGAUGCGCGAGUCGUCGAACAUCAGCUUGCAGAUGAUCAGAGAGGCGAUUUCGAAAAUGGGCACCCUGCAAGGGGGUAUGUACAUCCUCCUAAUGCAGUUGUCCGCUCAUUUGAGCAGCAAACUCAAAAUCGCCCCGGGAGGCGAGUUCCGGAUGGCCUACCAGGAGGCGAACAGACUGGAAAACUGUCAAAUUUUCCUCGGAGAUCGCCAGCUAAACAUCACUCUCAAACGGGCCUGGGCUAGCCUGGGAGUGUGGCAGAGGAUUUCAAUAAUCUGGACUCUGCUGUUCACGGACGAAGAAAUCUCCGCUGAAGACGUCGAGCGAUGCAAGGAUAAAGACAUCCUCGAACAGCUUCUGGGCGAGAUGUGUGUGAACCAUCCGGACUUGUCGAGGGUUCUCAUAGCGGAACGAGACCGCUAUCUCUGCAGAUCGUUGUACAACGUAGCCAUGAGCUCACCGGUUCCAUCGAGCGUCGUUGCGGUUGUCGGCAUUGGACACCAGCGAGGCAUCACCGAACACUGGGACAAAGCCGAGGAUAUCGAUCUCCAUCAACUAUCCGUCAUUCCUCAAGCUUCGUUGGGGGUGCGCGUGACGAACAGAGCUCUCGUGAUCGGGAUGUGGGUCGGAGUGGGUUUCGUUGUUUACAAACUGACUCCUCGAGGCCUGCGCUCCGCCCUCGCGAGCGGCGUUGAGCAGGGGCUCCGUAUUGGUGGCGAGAAGCUAAGCCUGUUGUGGAAGUGAGGUGACAGCUCAGGCCGAGGUCACUCAUGAGGGUAUUUUCCGAGUAUUGUCGAAGAGACUUAUUUUUUUAUCGAUGUCCCACUUAUUUCCUUGUGGACGUCAUGAGGAACGAGGAGCAGUACAUUUUAUUGCCGGCAUAAGUUCUGUCUCAAUCAUGAGUCUACAAUUAAUUUUUGAGGACCACGAGCGGAUACGAAAGUAGGCAGUCGAAAACUUGAGUCGGGAUCUGAUUG